AUGGGAUCUACGUCGACCGGACGUUCGUCGGAUGGCCAAAAGGAUAGUUGUAUAAGUGAGGAUUCUCCAAGAAGUCGGAAAAUUAGUAAUAUAUCUACGUGUUCUUCUAUAGGAUCUGAGGAAACGAGCGACAGUGGCACCGGAGAAAGGAAAAUUGACGUACCGGGCCUUAUUGAAGCUGUGGGUACGCUCAUCCUGCCCUCGAUCUAUAUCGUAUACAUGCAAUUACCAAUAUAUGUGUCAGAGAAAGAAUUGUUAGUCGAUAUAAAGAAUGUUAAAUUCUCACUCUUCCCCACCGACACAUUUACUCUUUCCUUUAAUGAUUCUGGAUUACGUCAUCGAACUAUGGGUGAAGAAGAGUUAAUCUCUCUUGUUUCAGCCUGUGCUGACAUACAACAAACUGACAUCGACACUUUUCUACGCACACUAGGAAGAGAGUAUUUUAAACUGGUAGAGGAAGAAUAUGGAAAAUGUUUACGGAUGUUAGGAAGUAAUAUGAUUGAAUUGUUCAGUAAUUUGGAUGGAUUACAGACACUCUUAAAAUCAUCUCCCAAAUUUGAAGGCGUCCAUACACCAUCUUUCCGUUGUGAAUUUGACAAGAACAAAAUACAAAUUCAUUAUUACUCUCCGCACAGGAAACCUUUGGAAUUUGUGGCGGGAAUUUUAGAAUCUGUGGCAAAAGUGUUAUUUUCUCUGGAAUUUGAAAUGCAAGUAUCUGGUAGUUUAACAGAAACGUCACAACAUCAUAUCUUCUAUAUUACAACGUAUGUUAAUAAUAAUAAUAAUCACUGUAGCACGUGUUCAAUAUCCGACACACUUUCCAGCGAUCCGUCCAAAUCAAAAAUCGGCGUUUCAACCUUCUGCAAUUCCUUUCCAUUUCAUUUGAUUUUUGACAAAGAUUUGAACAUUAUACAACUGGGAUCAGCCUUGUUAAAAAUGAUUGGUCCCCAUGUUCCCACACAUGGCAGACAUAUACAGGAUUACUUUAUAAUUAUACGACCACAUGUUAAAAUUAGUUUCUCGGCCAUCUUGUCCAGAGUCAACUCCAACUUUGUUCUUCGUACCAAAACAGCUGCAUUGAGCUCCACCAAUUCUGUUCAGGAUAUGGAAUUAAAGGGUCAAAUGUUUUAUUUACAAGAGAACAAUACCAUAUUAUAUAUAGGAUCCCCUAGUGUGGAGAAACUGGAUGAACUGAUUGGUAAAGGGAUUUAUAUCUCUGAUAUACCUAUACAUGACGCUACCAGAGAUGUUAUAUUAGUUGGUGAACAAACCAAAGCUCAGGACGGAUUAAAGAAACGAAUGGAGCAAUUGAAACUCAGUAUAGAAGAAGCUACUAAAGCUGUAGAAAUUGAAAAACAAAAGAAUGUCGAGUUGUUGAAGAAUAUAUUUCCCAGUGAUAUUGCUCAACGAUUAUGGCGAGAUGAAACUGUCGAGCCAAGAAAGAUUGAUGAUGUGACGGUACUAUUCAGUGAUAUAGUUGGAUUUACUGCUAUCUGUUCUUCCUGUACUCCGAUGCAAGUCGUCAAUAUGUUGAAUUCUCUCUACACCCAUUUUGAUAAUUCCUGUGGUAUAAUUGAUGUUUAUAAGAUUGAAACAAUUGGUGAUGCAUAUUGUGUAGCUGGUGGUAUACAUAAAUCUAGUAAUUAUCAUGCACAUCAGAUCUGCUGGAUGGCAUUGAAAAUGAUGGAGGCAGCCAAGGACGAGAAGUCACAUGAUGGCAAUAUGAUCAAGAUGAGAAUUGGAAUUCAUUCGGGACCAGUAUUAGCAGGAAUUGUUGGUAAAAGAAUGCCAAGAUACUGUCUGUUUGGAAAUAGUGUUACUCUGGCCAAUAAAUUUGAGUCUGGCAGUGAACCAUUAAAAAUUCACAUUAGUCCAACAACUUACGAGUGA